CACCAUCACAUCUCAAUGGACCAAGAACCUUCUCCGUAGUAACCCAUUCUCCCGGUUCAUGAACCUUCUACCAUGUCCUCCAAAAUCCUUUCCUCCUCCGCCAAAGGCGCCACAUUCCUCAUCCUCUUUCAAGUCCUCUCCCGCGCCCUAACCUUCAUCGUCAACCAAAUCCUUCUCCGCUUCCUAUCCCCCGAACUUCUAGGCAUCUCAGCACAACUCGAACUCUUUUCUAUCUCCGUACUCUACUUCGCCCGAGAAUCACUUCGCGUGGCCUUACAACGCCAAGCCCCCAGUCUUCAAUCUGUCAUCAACCUCUCCUACCUCUCUAUCUUCUUCGGCAUCCCCCUAAUCUACAGCCUUGCAUUCCUCUGGCUGUCUCGGGAGACGCCACAUGUACCAUAUUUUGUUGAUGCAUUGAAUUUGUACUGUCUAGCGAUUUUUGUAGAGUUGUUGACAGAGCCCGCGUUUGCGGCUGUGCAGCAGAAAUUGCUGUAUAAGAUCCGCGCGUCUGCGGAGAGCACUGCGACCCUGCUCCGGUGCUUCGGAACAUGUGGGGUUGCGAUCUGGGGAAGCUGGGCUGGUGUUGAUGUAGGCGUUUUGCCGUUUGCAGUUGGGCAGUUGGGGUAUGCGGGAGCGUUGCUUGGGGUGUAUGUUUGGAGGAUGUGGCCGGUUGCUCGGUCGGCACAGUUCUCUCUAUUAUUGAAGCAGGUGCCGGGGACCGAGGGGGUUCCGAUGUUGCUCAACUAUUUCUCAGCACCACUCUUGAGGUUAACAGGAUCUCUUACACUUCAAUCGGGACUGAAGUAUAUCUUAACCCAGGGAGAUUCUCUGCUUAUUACGACGUUGGCAUCACUCUCCGACCAAGGCGCCUACGCUCUAGCAUCCAACUACGGCGGUCUGAUCGCGCGCAUGCUGUUCCAGCCUAUUGAAGAAAGCAGCCGGAAUCUAUUCGCCAAACUAUGCGCCGAUAUCCCUCCAACCCCAACCCUUGAACCUCAACCUCAACCUCACGAUUCCAAUCCCCAAUCCCCACCCCAAACCCAACCCCUAACUCAAUCCCGUACAAUCCUUCACACAAUUCUUCACCUCUACCUCCUCCUCUCCCUUUUCGCCCUUACCCUCGGACCCCCCCUGUCCUCUCCCCUCCUCUCCCUCGUCGCCGGCAAAUCUUGGUCUACCACCUCCGCACCCGCCGUCCUCGCAACCUAUUGCUACUACAUUCCGUUCCUCGCCCUCAAUGGCGUAACCGAAGCCUUCGUCGCCGCCGUCGCCACCAACGCCGAGCUGCACACACAGUCCCUAUCCAUGGGAGCUUUCUUCGCGUGUUUCGCUGGUAGUGCGUGGGUUUUCAUUGCAGUGUUGGGGUGGGGUGGGAGUGGUGUUGUUGCAGCGAAUACGGUCAAUAUGGGGCUUAGGAUUUUGUGGAAUUGCUGGUUUAUUAAGCGGUUUUUCACCCAGCGAGGACUCGAAUUUAGGAUGAAGGAUGCGUUGCCAAGUAUGUAUAGCACGGCUGCUGCGGUUGUGGUGCCGAGUUUGUUGAAAAUGAGUCCGAAGCCAAAGGUUUUGGGGAAAUAUGGUUUGGUAGGCGAGUUAGCGUAUGUGGGCGUGUUUGCGGUGGCGUUGGUGGUGGUGGUGGGCGCUGCUGAAAGAGGGUUUUUGCGAGAGUGUUGGGGGAUGGUGAAGCCAGAGAGAGAGGAGCGGAAGGAGGAACGAAGGAGAAGUGAUGAGGGAGAGCGGCUACAGCCACCCGGUUCCCCAUAA